AUGGCAGGAGGUAUAGAGCCAACACCGGUGGCGCAAGGCACAAGUCAACCUGACUCUGCUGUUACUCAUGAUACCGAUGCCCACCCGGACGAUGCAGCCACCAGUACUGACGUGCAGAAUCUCCCAUCGAGACCUCAAGCCAAGGGGUUCAAGACCAACGGCGAUCAUAACGAAACUCCAGCUGGCCAGCAACACACUCAAGAGAAUGGCUCAGUUCAAGACGAUGAAGAGGAGCAGGACGAUCUCCAGAGUCAGGAUCACGGAGUGGCGUCCAACGUCCCGCCCCUGGAGGAGAAGAAGAAGAAAAGAAAGAAGAAGAAGAAGCCAGCCAGUAAACGUGGAUUGGACAAGCCCACCGGGUUCGAAGACUUCUUCGCAGAUGCCCCGAUGACACCGGAAGAGCACGCUGAAGAGCAAGAACUCUACGACGCACAGAUACAUUUUGUCGACCGCGUCCUGACAGCCAUAGCUCGCUUCGAGAGAACUCGCAAACUGACCCCCGAGCGGCGUGACGUUCUAUACAAGUACCUCGCGUACGGUGGCCUGACCGUGGGACCCAACGUCGGCCAAGGGAGCGUCAACACGGACGGGCUCUCCAAGGUAGAGGUUGCACAGGCUCUCUCGCAAGUCUUCGCCACUGAGGACAAGCGCGACCUCGGCACGGAAACGAGUCUCUACGAGGUCGACUUCCUGGGCUGCAUCAAGAGCUUCCUCAGCCGCCGGACCAAGAACGUGUGGGGCCUCGAGACCAGAGCCCAAGUCGACCUCAUCUGCACCACCAUCGAGCGAUUCCUCGACUACCUGCUCCAGCACGACGUCUGCCCGGAGUACAACGACGACAUCCUCGCGUCCCGGUCGUUUUGCCGCGUCGCCGCAGCCGAGCUGUGGGACACCGCCGAAGCCCUCCGCCGUCUCCCGGGAGAGUUCAACAUUGCGUGCUCGACGCUCUUCGACGGAAGCUACGGGCACAACUACGACGGCGAGACAUGGUGGGGCCAAGACGACGAGGGAGUCCCCGUCUUUGUGGGCAUGAAAUCCGAAGAAGCACAACAGAUUGUCAAGUUCGGCGUCGCGGGCGCGGCGACGGAAACCGUCUACCUCGGCUUUCUGGAUGGUGUGCAGAACCACGCGCCAUUGAUGCUCGAUGUCAUCGACGUCCAAGAACACGUGGGCUUCGAGAUCACGAGGAUCGAACCGCCCUCGAAAGAAUGCAAGCAAAUCUACACCUCGCAGUCGGCGCAGUUUCGCCCCGUCGGCCGCGUGACCGCGAAACCGUGGCGCAACCCCAUGGCCCUGGCCGAAGACCUUACAGACGCGGAGAGAGAGGCUGAGGCCUCGUCAACCUCCCGCCCGGCCCACCAGUCCGAGUACGUCUUCUUCGUCGAAUCGAUCCUUCAAUCCAUGUUGCGCGUCGGCACGAAGAUCGAGGCCACCGUCCGGACACUCGGAUGCGGAAUUAUGUUCUUCGACGAGGUGCUUAACGUGUACCCCUCGUUUGACGAAUUCAUUGCCAAUGAGAUGCUGAUCGGGUGGAAACCGCCCAAACCGAUGAAAGGAGCGAACGAUUAUGUGUCGGGAGAGGACAGUGACGAGGAUGAGGGCGAGGCUGAGGGUGCAGAAGAAGGCGUAAAUGAAGCCGGCAACGUCAAGAACAGGCAGCGUGCUGGUGGAACCGCGGAGGAGUCGAUCGACGAUGCUGGAGAGCAAAAGGACGGUGGUGGUGGAGAGGCCAAAGACGGCAUUGCGUCUAACGAUGGUGGUAGUGUAGACGCAUUCGUCUACAAAGAAGGGGCCAUUCCAUAUUGA